UUAACACAUUGACUUCGGCAGCCGUCUUAUGGCACAGGGGCUUAGUUAGUUCUAAGUUCAGUGUUACUCAUAAUAGACUAGCAGUAAAGGUAGACUGCAUGUAUUAUAGGUAGACAUUAUUGUACGGCAGUUUAACAUGUUGACUGCGACAGACGUAGUACAGCGCCAGAGGCUUAGUACUAUGUUCGGUAUCACUCAGUAUAGACCAGCAGCAGUGAAGGUCCCAUUCAUACAAUUUACAUAUUCGAUUUUUAUUAUUAUUUUGGAUCAAAUUUAUGUUUUAAUGUUGUAAGUGCAGGGUAGUCGUCGAAAAAUUUUAAUGGCCCUCAUCCUCACCUCUUUGCCUAAGGAUGAAUUAAACUAUAUUCUGUGUUACUAUUCAUUCCAAAAACGUCAAAUCCACAUUUGGUUAAAAUCCAUGGAUGCCCACGGUUGUUGAACGAAUUGCUACUUGUUAAUCUUUUUAGAGGUGCAUGGGUUAUUUACAUGGGAAAACGACAAUAUACAGGGUGUUUCAAAAUGAAAGAUGUGCAAAAGAAGUGGGAGAAUAUUAAGGAUUUGUAUACAAAAGAAAUGAAAUAUGAAAAGAGAGUUGAAGAAGGUCAAGCUCAACCAAGGAAAAGAAAAUAUCCUUACUUAAAUCUUCUUGAUUUUUUAAUGCCACCAAAAAAGAACAAGAGAUCUAACGAACCAAGUAAAGAACAAGAACAAAAUGGACAGGAAAAUAAAAUACAUGAAAACCAUCUCAGCUCCCCAGCUUUAAGAGAAAACAGUUGUGGUGGUGAGAUUGCUCAAACAGAAACCCAACAAUGUCAUGAUCUUGAUGAAGAUAAGCAUUCCCAGGAGGAUACUCCAGAGCACGAUCUGUCCAGACAAGAACAACCCAGCGAUCAGUUGACUGAGGAUCCCCCUGAUACCAUCACCCUCACCCAGGAGCAAAACGGCGAUAAAAUGUUUCUCUUGUCUCUGCUGCCCUAUUUCACUAAACUCACUGAGGAACACAAGUUACAGGCCAGAAUUUCCAUUGAAAAAGUUUUGCAGGAUUUAAUUUACAAAAACACAGCAGCUGAUUGAAGUUUUAUCAGAUAAAAGCAAGAAUUGUGUUUAUUUUAAUUUUUGUACCAUUUUUUGGAACACAUUUAAUUUCUUUAUAAAAUUCACUGAAUGAUAGUAUUUUAUCUGUCAUGUAAUAAUAAGUUUGUUUACAUUAAAUUUAGAGAUUUGUAAGAAAGUAAUUUAAUCCCAUCUAGGGUAAUUAUAAAUGUGGAUGCCUGUGUGCAGAUGUAUUUUUGUAUAACUUUUAUACAUCCGAUAUAAAUUGUACUUAAUAUUUAAUGUUUUAAGUGUUAUAUGUACAUUUUGUUUGUUACUAUUUACUGGGACUGUCUUUUUGUCUCAUAUUUAUACAUAUUUUAUAAAAAAAUGUGCAGCAGAUACCACAACUGGUCGUGUAAUAUUGUGUAUAGAUAGUUUGAGAUUUUUCUCAAUUAAUAAUUAAUUAGUAUUGUACACAAUUAAUAUUUUUUAUUAAGCAGUAAUCAUACAUCCUGUUUGUUAACCCUAUAAGUACUUACUAUAUUCAUCUGUACUGAUUCAUGUUUAUUUUUUAGUUUUACAAGUUUAUUUUGAAAGUAAAUAUUAAGUACAUAUAUAUACUUUUUCAGUGAAAGCUACAGAAUAAGAAAAUAAUAGUUUCAAUUACUUACCGUUAUAUAUUGAAAAGUUAUUAAACUGUAUUUUAAGAAAACAAAAACAUUUUGUGUACUCUUUGCAUUUAGUACAAUAUAGUACUUUAUUAAACUUAGAUAGAAAUCCAAAAUACACAAAAUAAAGACAAAUUUAUUACAAAUAAAAAAUGUAUACAACUUGCAUAUUUAGUUUAUAGAAAAAGCAAAGGAACAAAAAAAGUUGUUUGGGCCUUCAAAAAGCCCUAAAAUUCUGACAAAUAAUUAUUACUUAAACAGAUGAAUAUUAUUGCGAUCAAAAAGAGACCCCGUUUGUAUUGUACAUUUUUAUGACCUGUAUUUUUAUUUAAAAAGCUAAAAAUCUUAGGUAUCUCUUUAGUUAUCAACAACAACAACAACAAAAACUUGGUAUGUAGAUCAAAUUAAUAGUGCCAUUUUCUAGUUUGUUACUAUAUAAAAUACAUUAAGAAAUAUCAUCAAUUAUGGAUGUUCUGUUGUUUGUGGUAAAUGUCAACCUAACCUAACCUUGCGUAGGUAUUACAGGGUGGCUCGCUAACAUCACAUGGUAGGAUGUCAGUACUUGUAGGGUUAAUUGGUACAAUCAGAAAAGUGAACUAAAUGUGCCUUGAUACUGUUUUCAGUAUUUUUACAACUUCUAUCUAAUAAAAUUUAAAUAUUGUAUGUUAUCAUAUGGUUAAACAAACUACUUUUUUAUGUCAUCAGUAACCUCCUCAGCAUCUCGGUGGGGGAGGGGGAGGGUAUGGUCUGAGCCGAGUCAUAAGAAAGCUCAAACAUAUGUAUAAAUAAAACUGGGUAUCAUUCUAUAACGGUAUUGAUGGGUCAAAAGAUAUAAAAGUUAUCAAAAUAUUAUAUUGAUUCUGAAAUUGAUGUUUUGUAUUAGAUAUAAGUAAGCCACAUAACCAGUUUUGUAAAUAUGGUUAACAAAAAACGAUUUUCAAAAUUGAUUUAAUACUAUUAUAUCUAAAAUAUCAUAACAGUUACAGAUUAUUAUUUACAUUUAUUGUAAUUUAUUAUUGUUGUAUGGUUCUAUAACUCUAUAAUUUCUAUUUAUAUUGUUUUUUAUAUCCCAAUAUCCUAAAUUAAUUUUUUGAAAUAAAAGUUUUUAUUAACCAUACAGUAAAAAAAUUUAAAAGGAGCGAGUUGAACAACGAGUAUAAAAGCACAAUAAACAAAACUAGUUUCAAUUUAUUUACAAUUUUGUUGCAACAUUUUUUCAUAAUAAGAUCUUUGAAAUUAUAAAAAACAUGAACUAUGUUUACAUACAUUUUAUGUCCCACCGAUUUGUAACGAAGUGUUCCCCCGAAAAGAGUUACAAAUUACCUUUUAGGAAAUGAGAUAAUACCGUUUUUACAUUGGUAUGAUUACAUAAAAAGUAGUUAGAUCGAAUUACAUGGUUGUGUUUCACUUCUACUGUUGAAUAAUACGUCCAUUGUGAAGCCAUGUACAGUUUUGUACAUUAUAAACUUGUACAAAGUGAAUCAGCUAGUUACCUGUAAUGUGUAAUAUGAAUAGUCAUUAAUUUAGUUAUAUUGAAGUUAUCUACACUUGCACAUGUGUCUUCACUGUUUCAUGGACCAUAAAAGUCAUGUAUUGUGUAGAAAGUGUUACAUUUCACGUCAUUUAGAUGUAAAUUUGUUCAGUUAAAUAUAAAAAUUAAAACUACC